ACAGGAUGGAGUGGUGUGUGCGGGCGGGUCACGCGGAUAUCGGCGUGCGCCUGCUCCGGGAGUGGGGUGUGUGUGUGUGUGUGUGUGUGUGUAUCUUGAGGGUGCAGGGGUGUGUAGAGAAGGCUGUGUCCCAGGUCACAGGACUGUGCCUCGGUGGGCUCGUCUGGGGCUGUAUAUCUGUCAAGUGGGCCGGGAAGUGGGAGGAGCACACAGCUUGUGUCCUUGAGGGUGCACCGACUGCCCUCACAGCCCCCACUCCUUCCUUCAGUGCAUACAGACUGAGCACCCACCGUGUGCCACACCGUGUCCUAGGCCCACAGACUCUGGGGACUCCUGCCCCUUCCUUGGCCUCUUACCCUCAGUCCCCACAGAAGGCAGAGGGAUGAUUUUUUAAAACCUCAUCCAAAUCGAGUCACUCCCCUACUCAAAACCUUCCUCUGGCUUUCGAGGCCUCCUGGUCUCUGUCCAAAAAGACCCCCAAAGCCAAGCCCUGAGCCCCAGCCAGGAAGUGGCUCUCUGUCAUGCACAGUGUGAACUUCUAUCCUCUCCUCUGAAACCUGUACUCAGCAAUCAUGAAAGAGCUUAAAUGCCAUCUCCUCCAGGAAGCCAUCUGUGAGGCCAGGCACAGUGAAUGACUGGGCCUUGUCAUCCAGGUGUAACUCUGCUUGCCAUCAGGUACCUCUCACACGUGGAUACCCCACUCUGGUGACAUCGGCCUCCUUGCUGUUCCUCAGACAGGGCAAGCACCGUCUCACCUCACAGCCUUUGCGGUUGCUGUGCCUAAAAUGCCCUUCCCAGAUAUCCACACUGUUCGCUCCCUCACUUCCUUCAGAUUCCGCUCAAAUCCUGCAUCAGAAAGGCCUUUCCUGAUCGCCCUGUAUAAAUAGCACCCCCCAGUGCCUCACUCUUGAUUCCCCUGACACGAUUGUAUUUCUUCUCCAUAGCAUGUACUGUUUGACAUACCAUCUAUUAAUUCCUGGCUUUCUUGUUUGUUGCUUCUUGCCCCACUAGAAAUUAAACUUCAUCAGAGCAGGGACUUUGUCUUUUUGGUUUGCUGCUUUAUUUCCUGGGACCUAGCACAGUGCCUGGGCAUAUAAAGCAGGUGCUCAAUGAGUUUUUCUUGCAUGAAUGAAUGACCCUGGGUUUGCGUCCCAGAAGUCUGUGUCCCUGGCUGCUCCCUAGCCUGUGAGCCACAAUCUGAGUCUAGGUCUCCUGCUCUUCUGUCCUCCAGAUUCCAAGAUCCUGGAAGGCCAGGUCUGGAAGAACUGAGACCAAAUUUGCAUGUUAGGAAUAUUCCCUCUAGCAACUGGUCUGGAGGAUGGGGUGUGGUGGGGUUGGGGUGUGAGCCUGGAGGCGGGUGACCUGUGUGGCGGAAACAGGGGGGAAGGAAAGUGGCGGUCUGCGUCUGGACUUUUUAAGGAGUUGGGCUCAGUGACCUCAUCCAGCACAGCAGUGGGGAGAUCAGGAAGGAGAUGUCUGAACUGCCCUCCAGCAGCAAAGGAGAGGGAGGUGUGUUCUGGCAGAAGGCACAGCUUGGACAAAGGCCUGGCAGCAGAACAGAGUCUGCAGUUUGGGACUUGCAGCCAGAGUGGAGAAUGCGGACACUGAGGUCUAGAGGGCUGGUGUGCAGCAGAGCCAGAUGAGUUCCUGGAAUUCCUUUAGUUAAUAGGGAGACUUGAAUUUGGAUGCUGGCAACCCAGGCAGAGGGAACAGGCCAGGUUCCCAAUAAGGCUACACAGAGGAACCCGCUGACUGUGGCAAUGGAGGGGGGCCCAGCGGUCUGCUGCCAGGACCCUCGGUCAGAGUUGGUGGAGCGAGUGGCAGCCAUGGAUGUGGCCCACUUGGAGGAGACGGAUGGCAGCCCAGAGCCCACCAGGAACUGUGUGAACCCUUCACCACGGGCCAGAGCUGCCUCCGUGAUCCCCGGCGGUACUUCAAGAUGCCCCGCCACCCGGCCCGGCCUCUCGGCCAGGAAGUUCUCCCUGCAGGAGCGGCCAGCGGGGAGCUGCCUGGAGACCCAGGCUGCGCCUUACGCCACAGGGCCUGCCAGCCACAUCUCCCCACGGGCAUGGCGCAGGCCCACCAUCGAGUCCCACCAUGUGGCCAUCUCGGACGCAGAGGACUGUGUGCAGCUGAACCAGUACAAGCUGCAGAGUGAGAUUGGCAAGGGUGCCUACGGCGUGGUGAGGCUGGCCUACAACGAAAGUGAAGACAGGCACUAUGCAAUGAAAGUUCUUUCCAAAAAGAAGUUACUGAAGCAGUAUGGCUUUCCACGUCGCCCUCCCCCUAGAGGGUCCCAGGCUGCCCGGGCAGGGCCAGCCAAGCAGCUGCUGCCCCUGGAGCGGGUGUGCCAGGAGAUCGCCAUCCUGAAGAAGCUGGACCACGUGAAUGUGGUCAAGCUGGUCGAGGUCCUGGAUGACCCAGCUGAGGACAAUCUCUAUUUGGUGUUUGACCUCCUGAGAAAGGGGCCGGUCAUGGAAGUGCCCUGCGACAAGCCCUUCCCCGAGGAGCAAGCUCGUCUCUACCUGAGGGACAUCAUCCUGGGUCUUGAGUACUUGCACUACCAGAAGAUCAUCCACAGGGACAUCAAGCCAUCCAACCUGCUCCUGGGGGACGACGGGCACGUGAAGAUCGCCGACUUCGGCGUCAGCAACCAGUUUGAGGGGAACGACGCUCGGCUGUCCAGCACGGCCGGGACCCCAGCGUUCAUGGCCCCCGAGGCCAUUUCUGAGUCCGGCCAGAGCUUCAGUGGGAAGGCCUUGGACGUGUGGGCCACAGGGAUCACGCUGUACUGCUUUGUCUACGGGAAGUGCCCAUUCAUCGAUGAUUUCAUCCUGGCCCUGCACCGCAAGAUCAAGAAUGAGGCCAUCGUGUUCCCGGAGGAGCCAAAGGUCAGCGAAGAGCUCAAGGACUUAAUCCUGAAGAUGCUAGACAAGAACCCUGAAACAAGAAUUGGGGUGCCAGACAUCAAGUCGCAUCCCUGGGUGACCAAGAAUGGGGAGGAGCCCCUUCCCUCGGAGGAGGAGCAUUGCACUGUGGUAGAGGUGACGGAGGAGGAGGUGAAGAACUCAGUCAGGCUCAUCCCCAGCUGGACCACAGUGAUCCUGGUUAAGUCCAUGCUGAGAAAGCGUUCCUUUGGGAACCCGUUUGAGCCCCAGGCACGGAGGGAAGAGCGCUCCAUGUCUGCCCCGGGAAGCUUAUUGUCAGCUCCUCACCAGGUGCUACUGGAGACCAGCCAGAAGGAGAUCAAGCCAGAGGCUGCCCGUCAUGGUGAUCAGUUUUUCUAUCUGAGAAAUGGAGACCAAAGCUGCUGCUGCCUGUUUCCUGGUCGUCCUGCAAAGGUCCCAUGAGGGCUACACCAAGCCCUCUGCAGGAGGGGGUCCUGGCCGCCAGGCAGAAGUUCCCCAAACGCCACUCCCUCCCGACCCUCGCUGUCCCUCAAUUUUGGACCCACCACCUCUCGCUUCCUUACUGGUCUCUGGCUUGGUCCUCAGUGCUCCAAUCCAUCCUCUUACAAGCUGCCAGAGUGGUCUUUGGGCACCCACCGGACCACGCCCACCCCUCUCGGUGCUCAGCCUGGGGUUUGAGGCCAUUGCCAUUAGCCUCCCAGGCCUCCCUGGACGCUCUCCUGACCCAUGCCCUGCCCACCCUCCCUCCAGCCACUCCUUGCUCCCCACGGCUCUUCAGACUCACUCACCCACUCCUCCCGGACACGGCUAUCCCCCACCCCUGCCUCUGUUGAUCAGUGUCGGCCCCACCCUCCAAGGCCUAUUCUGCAGUCGGGAAAGAUCCUCAGGUUGGAUCAUCCCAGGUGUUGGUCACCAAACCUCGUGCCUGGGUUUGACAGUACAGAUUGUCACGCACAGGAGCUUCGAAUAGGACCACGAUGUCAUUUCACCACGAGGACAGCCACACUACGUGGCACACUAAGGUAGGGAAACUGAGGCUCAGAGUCACACAGCGAGUUAGGGAAGAGCCAGGCCAGAGCCCAGGCCUCCUGUCCACACCCCCACCCAGGUUCCUACGUCAGCGGCUGGGAAAACCCGAGAGCCCUGUGUACAGGGAAGGACACCUGGGAAGAUGGGAGAUGGAGGUUGCGCUCCCAGGCCUAACUACACGGGGGAGCUGAGCCCAGGCCAGGGUGUCCAGCUGAAGGCUCGGGGCAGUCCGAGAUUUGCCCUGGGAGGUUCUGGUUCCUCGCGGAGAAUGACUCUGGGCUCCGGAUCCCACAGGAAAUUUGCCUGGUCUCUGCUCCCCCCAACCUCUAUCAUAGUAUAUGGUCUCAGCCUGAAGGAGAGGAGGGAUGGGUGAUCAGGGCCACUGAGGCUUCCAGUUUUCCCAGGGGAACACCCAGAUGCACUGGGACUCAUAUAAACACCUGUGCCCCCCCCCACCACAGGCUGGCACACCUACGCAACCUCCCCUUGGGCAAACAAGCAGGCCUAUCUAUGGGGCUGCCUCCUGGGCCACUGGGGAUCCACUGAGGGAGGCUGGGGAGCCAUGCGGUGGGUGGUACUGGGCCCUGGGGGUCAACUGAAGCCCAGAAGGAGACCAGGAGGGGCUGGGAGGAGACUAUCCUCUGUCUCACCUGCAGAAUAAAGCCCUGGCCGCUCCCUGCACUGCUUCAGCCUCCUGAUAGACUGGGUGUCCAUGGCUUAAAUGACCACCUCCUGUCCCUGGUCCCUUCCUGCACACGCACGUGCGUGCACACACACACACACACACAGACACACACACAGACACACACACACAGACUGACCUGGAUCUGCCCUCUGAGGUCUCAUACAUCCACUUCUCCAGCUAGCAUGACCCAGGGAACAAAGUCUGGGACCUCUCACUCUCCAGGGCAGCUGCCAGUUCCCACCCAGGUUGGGCUGACAGUUUAUCAUUAGCCCAUGCCAGCUCUGUGGUCAACUUCCAUGCUCUCCCCACUGCCUAGGCCCCCACCAUCUCCAGGUCACCUCCUCCAGGAAGCCUUCCCUGGUCCACAGCCCCAGAGGCACCCUUGGCAUGUGGUCUGGUGUCUGGUUCAUCUCCUAUAAGACUGGAAACAAGGCCCAGGGAUUGCAGCCUUACCUACCGGCUGAGUCAUUUUCACAACUUGUUAUCUGUCUAUUCACUGAUCCGCCAUGAUGAAGACCAUUGGAAAAGCAUCUCUCAACUGAAUCGCAAGAGUGGGACUUUCCCUCUGGGAACCCAAUUCUCUCCACCUGAUCCCUAGUAAGCCUCUUCGCUAGGCUGUAUAUCUCUGGCCUUCUCUGUUCUUCCCUCCCUGCUCCUCAGCCUGCAAACUAGCUCAGGUCUUCCCUUAACUAUUUCCCAAUUUCCACCGCCUUGGCUUUCUGAAGGCUGCUGUCCCACACACCCAGGCAUACAGGAAGAGCCCCUCCUGGCUUCUCUCUCAGAUGCCGUCUGCGCAGACUCCUUCUUCCCUGUUACUUCCUGGCUCAGUGUGUCCCGUCCCCAGCAGCGCUGGUCCCUGCUUGCUCUGGUCACAGUGCAUGCUACUGGCUGAUGCUCUCUGCACUGAGAGCCUUUUGACAACCCCUCCCCCCAGUCCUUUGGUCUCCCCAAGACCUUCCCUUCCCCAUGGCCUAGGCACAGGUCCACACUGAAGGAAUGGAACCACAACAAUGGGGAACCGCAACAUGGGAAGGGGCUAGUUAAACUUCUUCGCCCUCGGUCUCCCCCAAGCGCAGGGGAUCAGCCUUGAGGCGCGGAGCUUUCACAGGAGAGGAUCCACAUGCCCUCAGGUGCUCUCGUCUUCUUUCAGGUAAUCUUGCCAACAUCCACCCACCUCCCUGGGAAAUGCACCCCAAAGCUGAGAGAGCUCCCAGCUGUAGUCUGCCCUCUCCCAUUCCCAGUUCAGCAUAAACAUCAGUUAUCAACCUGGCUACAUGCUAAAAUCUCCCAGGGAGCUUUUAAAGAAUCAUCCACCCUUAGAGAUUCUGAUUUAUUUUGGUCUGGAAUGUAGUCUGGGUGUCAAGGUUUUGUUGUUGUUGUUUUAACAAACAGACUUUAUUAUUUGGAACAGUUUUAGGUUGACAGAAAAAAUGAGUAGAAAGUACAGAGUCCCAUACACCCUCUCACCUGCCUCUCCCACCCCCCAGUUUCCCCUGUUAGUAUCAUUUGCCUUAGUGUGGUACUUUUUUUUUUUUUAAAGGUGGAUAUAUGACAAUGUAUUUUUAAAAAAUGUUAUUUAUUUUUUUAUUUUGGGCUGCA